ACAAGACAGAGGAGACUCUCUGAAGAGUGAGACCGGACACCGACUGUGCUGGGACGGCCUAGUGGUAGGAUGCAGAUCCCCAGUCUUUCCUUACUGGCUUCCCCACGAUGGGUCUGCAUCAUGUGGGAUGGAAUGCUAUGCCUCCUGCCCUCAAUAAUUCUGCUCUUCGUGGCCUGUUUUCUCCGUUUGCCCCAGGUGUGGGGCCUCGUAGGGGGGCUGUGUCGGGCGGCACUCCAUGUGCUUUGGCUAUGUGUUUGCUGGUGUCUGGAUCUGCCGCCGUCCCCCCUGGCUAACACGGUGCGUCCCAGCCCUCAGCUCCUAUACAAGCCUACGGCUCUGGCUUGCUUCCUGCUCCAGCGCUGUGCCUUCCUGGCCCGUUCCUGCCCAAUUGGCUGGCCCUGGGACGACCCGCACCUCCAAACCUUUGCCGGCGUUGUGGGGGCCAGUGAUGGGGAGAUCCGCUUCGCCAGAGAUCACCUCCAGAUGGGAGACGGGGGCGUGGUGGCACUGGAUUGGGCAGUAUGGCUGGAAGGAGCCCCCAACCCAUGUCUGAAGACUGAGCUGACAGCCGGGCAGCGAGCCCUGGGGUGCUACUCCUCCUGCCCGCCUGUUCUCAUUGUCGUGCCGAAUGCAUGGGGCCUUGUGACCCCUCACCUCCUGGGGCUUUGUGCCGGUGCACUCCGCCAGGGCUUCUAUCCGGUGGUGUUCUGCUCCAGGGGCGUCGCGGGCUGCCCACUGGUCACCCCCAGGCUUCAGGAAUUCGGGGACCCCUCCGACUUGAUCCAGGCCAUCUCCUACAUCCGCAGCCGCCACCCAAGAUCAACUCUCCUGGCCGUCAGCGAGGGCUCUGGCUCCGGUGUGCUCCUCUCCUACCUUGGGGAGUGCGGCUCCUCCUCCUACCUGACAGCAGCAGCCUGCCUGUCCCCCAUCCUCCAGGGGAGGCUGUGGUUCGAGACGGCCCUUCCUUCACUCUACCACUGGGGGUUGCUGCUGUACCGCAAACUCCAGCUGAGCAGGUACGAGAGCGCACUCAGUGCAGUGAUGGAUGUGGACCAGGUGUUGAGCUCCUCCUCUCUGCGCCACAUGGAAGAGCUCAUGUUCUGUUCCGGAAAGGCUGGUGGCAGCAAAGGUGGGGAGGACUGGGAAGCAUACUGGGAUCGGAACGAACCCCUGCGUGAUGCAGACGAGGUGGCAGUGCCUGUGCUUUGCCUGCGCAGCCACGAUGACCCGCUGCUGCCCCCCGUCGCAGCCCUGCCCACUUGCCUUUUCCGCAGCAGUCCGUACUUCCUGCUGGCUCUGACUGCUACCGGUGGCCAUUGUGGAUUUCAGCUGCCCGGGACUGAAGGUGGUGGUGACACCUGGUGGAGUCAUGAGAUGAUACUGGAAUAUUUUGCGAUAGUGGCGGAGUUCCUGAGGGCAGAGGAGACAGGGGGGAUGCCGACGGGAACCAGCCCAGGUCUUCGCCACAGGACCAACACCCUGGUGAGCCGUAGACGACGAGCCUCCCAGCUGAGGAGGGACGCCCCCCCCAACUGGCCCCAUAAACAGAUACCUACAGGGGGGGCCAGAAGGACGGAGAACCAGAUCAGUUCUGCAGAGAAGCGGGACCUCUUCACUUGGCACAGAUCCUACACCCGCUGAGGGCCAGCAGCAAGAGAGCAGAUGGAAGGAGAGAGACCAGCGAAAGUCUGGGCCCACAGAACCAGCCAGGUGUGUGAAGGAAAACCCCAAAGAUCACUCAAGGGGGGAGGGCACGGCAGAGCGAGUGCGGGGGGGCAGUCACCAGGCGGUUCUCUCCAUACCACCAACUGUACUACUCUGCUAGAGCUUCCUAGAUUAUACAUACAUUAUACAAACUAUGAAGGAUUUAGGGUAGCAGCAACAGUUAAGCCGUGAGUGUUUCCAUAACAUCUCCCUACUGAUACCUUCUUGAGCUUCUGCAAGCUGCUUUAAAACUGAAAGGCUUCUCUGCUUGGCUAAAUAGGUCAGUUCUUCUUGUGCUUCCACUUGUUUUUCUUGAUUGAAGGACUCGUCCAGCUGUUUCAAAUGACACAUACAUAAUUAUAGGAGACUGACCAAUCAGCACACAGCAAGAACUCAUCGUUAAAGGGACCUGGACUUAACUUUAAUUGAAAUAAUAAUUUACAAAUCCUAUCCUAGCUCAAAGUGCCCUCCCUGACAUGGGUGGUCACCUUAAUUACUUACCACACAGCUGCUGAUCUAACCCUUCCUAUAACACUGCUUUGGCUUUCCACUGCCUGCUUUUUGGCACAUGAUUUUUGUCUCUCACCGUAGAAAAUAUUGCAAGAACUUUCUAUGGUGAAUUUACUAUAAAGCAAAACGAGACCCAGCUGACACCCUGAAACUCAAGAGGGGCGCCCAUAAGCUACCCUUAACCCUUUGCAGCAGUACUGACACGAUAGUGGAAAAACUUAUUCCAAACUAUCCGCUUGAAUCCACUCUCUUGGCUUGUAAACAUAGCUUGAGUGUACAGAGACAUCAUUCAUUAACAAGAAGGUUAAUCCAUGGAAACCAUGGACUUUUGUCUGUUUGCAUCAUCCAAAGUUGAUGUACGAAGCCAAAAAAGCAAAACAAGUAACGAACAAGUAAUAAAUCUCAGACUAAUUCAGAUGGAGUCACUAGCGUCCCGCGUGGACAGAACAGACUGGACUCCUGACGUACUAAAAUUACUUUUAUUACAGCUGAUUUUGUCCAGUAUCCCUCCGCCAUCACAAGAAGUAAUUACAAACAAAAUAUUACAUUUGCACCUAAAGUCAUCUGUUCAUACUGCCAAGGCUCUUUUAUACAUUUUAUUUCACUUUCUUUUCUUUCUCUCAUUUUAGGAAUAAUCUCUUUUUUUUUUUUUU